AUGGCGGACCCAUUCUCCAUCGUCACAGGCUGCGUGGGCCUCAUCACUGCAGCGGGAGCGACAACCGAGGCCAUAAAGUCCUUCAUACGUGACUGUCGAGACGCUAGGGGCGAUCUCACGAGUGUCGCGCGCGAGUUGGCUGACCUGCAACUAAUACUCGAGCUGCUGAAGGACGACGGCCAGGGCGAUGCGCUGCCGAAUUCGUUCCAGGAGCAGAUCGACCGGAUCGUCAAGAGAUGUAGCAGCGUCGUAAGGGAUAUCAGGCACGUAUUGAAACGAUGUAAAGCGCCGUCCAGGGCUAUAACGUGGGCCGCCAAUGAGAAGAAGGAGGUCGAGGCUUUGAGGAGAGAGUUGACGACUUACCGUGAGUCGCUAAGCUUGACUGUCGAAACGACCACAUUGUAA